GUCCUCCUUGUGAUGAUCCAGGCGGGGAUCUCAGUUUUACUCGUCCUUCAAAUUCUCAAUUUUAUGGUUAAACAAUUCAGCACUUUCCACCCCCGCCCCUCCUUCAAUCUCUCGUUCUCAACGCUCCAUACGACGUUCGCUCCAGAUUUCGGAAAAAUAAGACGCUUGCUUGCUCAGUUGCUCUAGCCUCUACUCUCUCAAGUCUCUUUUUCGACAAAGUCCUAAGAGGAAAUCCUGGCUCUGCCUGUGCUUAUUCGGAAUCACCUCUCUCAAGGAUCACCUACACAAGCUCUCCUCGUCUACACCCAAAUUCGUCGGCAAGGCAUCUACAGUUGGGGUGUGCUCCCCUUGAUUCUCAAGGCUUGUGCUGCUCUUUCCUCAAUAAACCACGGGAAAUCGGUGCACGCAGAGUGUGUCAAGGCUGGUGUGCAUUGUGAUGUAUUGGUUGGCACCUCAUUGGUUGACAUGUAUGCGAAAUGCGGGGACGUUUCUGAGUCCCGGAAAGUGUUUGAUUAUAUGCCUCAGAGAAAUGUGGUAAGUUGGAAUGCCAUGAUUGGUGGGUACUGGAGAAAUGGGGAUGCAGCAUCUGCGUUGGUUUUGUUUGAGGAGAUGUCAGUGCGGACGUAUGUGACUUGGGCUGAGAUGAUCACCGGGUUUGCAAGGACUGGAGAUACUGUUAGCGCUAGGCGGUUUUUUGAUCAGGUUCCACUGGAGUUGAAGAAUGUGAUUACGUGGACUGUGAUGGUUGAUGGGUAUUGUAGCAACGGGCAGAUGGAGAUGGCGAGGCAAGUUUUCGAGGCAAUGCCCCGGCGCAAUCACUUUGUUUGGUCGUCAAUGAUUUCUGGGUAUUGCAAGUUAGGUGAUGUUGAGGAGGCUAGGAUCGUUUUCGAUAGAAUCCCAGUCCGGAACUUGGUGAAUUGGAAUUCGAUGAUAUCUGGAUAUGCGCAAAAUGGGUUUUGCGGGGAAGCUUUGAAAGCGUUUGAGAACAUGCAAGCCCAAGGCUUUGAGCCAGAUGAAUUCACUGUUGUGAGUGUGUUAUCUGCAUGUGCUCAGUCUGGGCUAUUAGAUGUUGGCAAGGAUAUACACAACAUGUUGAGUCAUAAAAGGAUAAAGCUCAAUCAGAUUGUUCUCAAUGCACUUGUAGACAUGUAUGCAAAAUGUGGCGACUUGAUCAAUGCAAGGUUGGUCUUUGAUGAGAUGGCUGAGAGGAACAGUGCUUGUUGGAAUGCUAUGAUUUCAAGCAUGGCUAUUCAUGGACAGUGCAAGGAGGCUCUUGAAUUGUUUAGCAGAAUGGAGGAUUCAAAUGAAAAGCCUGAUGAGAUAACCUUUCUUUCUGUUCUGUCAGCUUGUGCGCAUGGAGGUUUAGUAGAUGAAGGCAUGGAACUUUUCUCCAAGAUGCAGAAGAAAUAUGGUUUGGAAGCAGGAAUUAAGCAUUAUGGGUGCUUAGUUGACCUUUUGGGACGGGCUGGAAGGUUAAGAGAAGCUUACGCUUUAGUGAAAAGUAUGCCCAUGAAACCCAAUGACAUGGUUUGGGGGGCUGUGCUUGGAGCUUGCCGGAUUUAUAUGGAUAUGGAAAUGACAGAACAGGUAGCCAAGGAUAUUAGCACCCAAAAUUCAGACAAUCAGUCGGGCGAUAAUUCACAUUAUGUGCUUCUGUCAAAUAUUUAUGCUGCUUCUGAUAGAUGGGAGAAGGCUGAGAGGACGAGAAUGGACUUGGUAAACGUAGGCUUUCAAAAGACACCUGCUCACAGUGCAUUUAUGCCCUGCGGCGCAUAGCAUGGAUGCCUUCUCAGGGUAAAUCAUGCUCUGUGUUGAGUAGACUGUAGACCAAUUACUAAUUCCAAUCAGUGAGCUGUGAGCACAACUCUACCAUAAAACUGUUGGUGGCAUGGUAUAGUAGUAAAGCCACUAAGCACUAUGAUGGCAUAAGAGAAAGGCUUCCAUCCUGGUUUACACACCAUGUAAAAGUACAAUUAGAUGGGAUUUGCUGAUGAAAGAGAUGGUGUGCUGGGAAUUGAAUUCCGCAGAAUGUCAGGCUCAA